AUGACGAAGGUGUCGAGUUCUUGGAAGCUUAAUUUUAACGAUAGCCCACUAGAUGACUUCAUUCACAAGAAUGUGCAAGACGAAUUCAUAGACCAACUCUUUCCUUAUGGCCUCACUUGUACUCCUCAAGCUUCUAGCCCUAUGCUGCUCAAGGUUCAGCUUAAUCAUUUUUCCGGUGGUGGAGCCGCCGUUGCUCUGUCCAUGUCACACAAGUUUGCUGACGGAGCAACGAUAGCCAACUUCAUUAACCAUUGGGCCACUGUUGCACGUUGUGGGUCACCCAUAAACCCAUGUUUCAUUUCAUCUUCCAAAACUGAUAACACUAGACUGCCUGAUUUCAUUGUUAACGACUUGGAUAAAGGAAACUAUGUUACGAGGAGAUUUGUGUUUCCCAAUUCAAAACUACAGGAGCUCAAGAACAAGGUUAUUGCCAUGGGCUCAGCUCCAGUCAACCCUACUCGAGUCGAAGUGGUGACAUCUCUACUAUUUAAACACGCAGUUAGUGCAGCUACGACAAGUUCAGGUUCUUUAAAGCCAUCAAACUUGACUAUAACAGUGAACAUGAGGAACAAAUUUGUUGAAAUGUAUCCUGAAACAGCAGCAGGUAACUUAUCUAUGUAUGGGGUAGCAAAGAUGGAUAAUUCCGGUAGAAUCAAACUGGGUGAGGUGAUUGCUAGGAUAAGGAAAGCAAAAAUGGAACUUGAGGGAAUAAAAGAUGAGCAAGAAUUAGUUCAAAAGUUUGCAAACGCGAUAUCAAACUUACAGGGUGAUCUGUAUUAUAUUACAAGCGUGUGUAGGGUUCCAUUUUAUCAAGUGGAUUUCGGGUGGGGUAAACCAGUAGAAGUAAGAGUACGAUUUCCAAAUGUUAGUAAGAAUGUUAUCGUUUUGAUGGAUACUGCAUCUGGAGAUGGUAUUAUGGCACAUGUGCAACUGCCAGAAGAAGAAAUGGUCAUUCUUGAGAAGGACAAAGAGUUUCUUACUUAUGUAAAAGACAAUUGA